AUCACUGACCUUCAGUUAGCUUGUGAAGCAUUUAGAAUGCUGCACAGAAAUUGCUUCACAGGGGAAACCGUCUCAGCGCUGUGCUAGCUCAGAACCCACGCACCUUAAAGGGAAGGAUCUACUCAUUUGAAGAUUUUGCACUUCCUUGAUUUAGAAAUCAUGAGCAGGGACAUUAACAGGAAAACAAUAGUAGAGCAUCCAAAAGAUUCAAACAGCAGGAAGAUAACUUUGCCAAAAAAUAGAUCUUGCCCAAAUAUAUGUGCAGCAACAAAUCUGGAAUUAAAUCCAAAAGAAAACAAGAGAAGAAAUAUUCCUGCUAGUACAUAUAGUUUUGGCAAAGAUUUAACAAGAAAAGGCAGCGAUGAGUUAAAAUUUUCUUCCAAAAUAUCUCAUGAGGAGGAAGGGGAUUAUGAGACUGUAAGUAGUUCCACUCUGGAGGCUAUCCAUGCUUUGAGAAUUCUUCCUGCCAAACCUCUACAAGAGUCUGAAUAUGCAGACACACGUUGUUUAACGUCUUUAGGUACCACUUCCCAUAUGACUAACCAGCACACAUCUUCUCAGCCUCCUCAAUACCUGACUAAACACAUGUCUGUUCUAGAGGGGAGGAACGUGCCAAAUGUUAAAGGACAAAGAAUGAACACAGAUGAGUGCCAGAAUCCUAUGCCUCCCCCACGGCCUCUAAAGACACUGCCAAAGCAAUAUCAGCCACUUCCUCCAGAACCAAAGAUAAGCAGCCAGCUCUCUCACACAAGGAAAACGUUCAGCCAAGCUCAUACCUUUCCAAUAUCAGCAAAAAUCACAAGACAUCUAUCUGUUAAAGAACUCAAUGAAGCACUCGGAAGAGAACAAGUGGCAGAUUUGGAGAAGAAACUUGAAUUAAAUUUCCAAGCAGAACAGUAUAAACCAAAAUAUCAUCCUGAAGACAGUCUUCCAUGUACACGGAGUUCUAAAAACGUUUGCAGCUCAGGGUCCAUGCUAAAUGUAGAGAGUUUUUCUGUUAAGAGGUCACCAUCUCCUACACAGCUCCUAUCAUAUGAAAAUAAAUCAAAACAUUCAUUUGUAAAACAGGAAAUGGAAUCUCUUACCCAGCCCAUUGAAAAGGAUUUAAACAAAUAUGACUGGUACACUGGAGAAUGUGAUCGCCAUGAAGCAGAAGAGGCAUUGUUACAGGAAAACACUGAUGAGACAUUCUUGGUCAGAGAUUGUUCAAAGAAAUCAAAUGCUGAACCAUAUGUUUUGGUUGUCUAUUAUGGAAAAAAGGUAUACAACAUCAAAGUACGUUUUCUGGAAGACAGCCAGCAGUAUGCACUGGGAACAGGGCUCAGAGGAGAUGAUAAAUUUAAUUCUGUGAAAGAAAUCAUUGACUUCUACAAAUAUGUUCCCAUCACGCUUAUUGAUGGAAAGGACAAAUCAGGAAUCCAGAGAGAACAGUGCUACCUUACAUAUCCAUUCAAAUUGCGCAAAAGAUGCUUUCUGCCUUAACGUCACCAAUUUGUUUGUAUAAAUGUAAAUAGAACACUUAUUUAAAUGUGGAAGAGGUCAGGUUAGACUUUGGGUCAUGAGCUCCCAAUGAAUAUUGUGAAGCAGUCUAAAUCUUCCACUAAGAAAGCUUUCUCAAACUAGGACUAUAGAUCUACUUUUUUUUUUUUUUUUGAUUCUUGUUUUAUGUAAUACAUGCAAGUGUAUUAAUUAAAAGGAUGUACUACAAACAAAGUACAUGUCAUUGUAUUAAUUCACAUGGAAGUGUUAAAAGAAGCUGA